AUGUCCGUUGACCCCAACAGACGCGCCGCACUCCACUCACAAAUCAAUGGCAGCAAUGCCGGCGAAGUGGCCGAGAUCCUGAUGCUCGUCGAGCAGCACAUUGGCAAGGCCCUCAGUCAUCUCGGCCUGGCGGACGUGUUGGCCUUCGACAGUGGCGGUGAUGUGGAGGCCGGCUUGAAGGUGGUCUACGCGCUGGAGCGGGGCAGUGGCGAGGAGUGGCGGGCGAUGGGACGAUUCCUUCGGCUGGCCUUCAUCUACCGGCUCACCCCUGCUGAUGCGAUGCGGCCCCUCCGUCUGUCGGCUGACGCGCUGCCCACAGCAACAGCCUUUUAUCAGCUGCCACUCAUUAUGGCCCUCUACAAGAUCAUCGGCCAGCAGCUCACACACCACACAGACAGCCUGGCGCUGCAGCCAGCCGACAACAAUGAGAGCCAUCGGAUCGGCUAUGAGUUGUUUCGUGUGGUGCCGUUGGGUGAGCUGCCCGGCGGCCAUCCCACGGCGGGGGACAUAGAGUGAAAGGACAUAUUGUAAAAAUCGAU